AAGUUUCAAUGAAACUUAGUUAAAUUAAUAAAGAUAGCUUAGAAGAAGAUAAAUAAAAGAAAAUUGAUCGAGAAAUUGUAUAAACAUAUCAUCAUUUUCAUAUUUUAGAUUUUAUAGUAUUAAAAAUCGUUGCUGUUUUCAAACACAUAAAAGCAUUCUAAUUAUUAAAUAAGCGAGAAUGGGAAAGUUAUUACAGAUAUUAUUAAUGAUGGAAAAGCUUGUUAUUGUCUAUGUGAUUAAGCAAUCCCAAAGAUUGGAAAAAUAUAGUUCGCGUUUUAAAUACUGAGUGGAUAAACAUUAAGAGCUGGAAUUAGUAUGAAAGAUUUGCCCCAAAAAAAUAAUUAUAUUAAUUGUUUCUCAUCUGGAAAUGGGUAUUAAAUUUAAAUUAUUAAUGAACUUAUUUGUUAGAUGAAAAAGGUGAAACUUGUUCCCAUCAUAGCAAAGACAAGAAUAAGGAUUUUGUAGUUAAGUAUUAAACUAAUGAUAUAAUGCUAAUUGAAGUUUCUAUUGAAAAGAAAUAUAUUAAAUGGAGUAAAUACAAUUAUCCUCAAGCAACAGUUGUAAAAAUCUACACUCUAAUUAUAGUUGGAAAUAGAUACAUCAUAAGAAUUAUACCCAUGCAUAGGUGGAAUUAAUUGCAGAUUUAAAAUUGUAGAGAACGUAUCAGUUUGAUGAAAUAUGA